AUGUCUUUGACUCAUUCACCAUUCAAUUUUGUCAAAACUUCAAGUGGACAACAAGAUCAAGGUCAAAAUCAAAAUCAAAAUCAAAAUCAAAUGAAUAAUCAAAUGAAUAAUCAAUCUCAUCCAAAUGGUGUUGCUUAUCAUCACGGAGUUGAUGGUUCUCAUACUGGUGCUGGUUCUGUUGAUUUAGGUUUCAGUUCAAGCAAUUUCACUUAUCAACAUGAACAAGAAGUUGAAAUACCCAAUGUUAACAAUGAUUCUUCUUCAACUUCAACAACUACAACUACUAUUAAUACUGCUGGUCAGCCAAUAACUACAACAAAUAAUAAUAUGAAUUCUAAAAUUAAUAAAAGAUUAGAUAGUAUACCUGAAAAUUUAGGUAGAAAUGGUAAAACUCCAAGUGGGAAACCAAGAUUAUUUGUUUGUAAUGUUUGUACAAGAGCUUUUGCAAGACAUGAACAUUUAAAAAGACAUGAAAGAUCUCAUACAAAGGAAAAACCUUUUAGUUGUGGUGUAUGUCAAAGAAAAUUUUCAAGAAGAGAUUUAUUAUUAAGACAUGCUCAAAAAUUACAUGCUGGUUGUGAUGAUGCAAUUAAAAGAUUAAGAAGAAAAUCUGCUCGUUCAAAAUCAGUUUCAAGUCCAACUCCUCAAUAUCAAAUUGAUGAAAAAUCUGAAUCAAAUUCAUUAGAAUCUCAAUCUGUUCAACCUCCUAUAAGACAAUUGAAAAGACAAAAAACUAAUGAAUCUUUUAAUUCAAAUAAUUCAUCAUCUUCUACAAAUCAACAUCAUCAUCAACAACAACAAAAUCCAACAAAUAACUCAAAUUUAUUAUUUGGAAAUAGUCAUAGUGCACAAUAUAAUCAACUUCAUAAUCAACAUAGAUUUGUUAAUGAAGGUCGUCGUUCUUCAUUUUCUGCUGCUUCUGCUGCAAAUUAUGCAAGUGUUCCACAAACUCAAAAUUAUCAAGAUUCGGUGGAAUUUUCAACUCCUCAAUUAUUACCAGUUGAUAAUAUUUUAGGAACAAAUUCUCAAGAUCAUAAUAGUAUUAAUAAUUGGUUAUCAGAUAUUAAUACUUUACCUGGGUUAGACUUCUUGAAUAAUUUUUCAUUAACUGAUGCUCAAAAUCACACUGGUGGUGGUAAUAUAACAAAUUCUGGAAAUCAAAAUCAAGGUUCAGUUUCAAUUGGACCAACAACACUUGCAAGACAUAAUACUACAUUAGGCUUUCAACAAGAUUCAAAUACACCUUCUUCAUUAUUAUCAGAAUCAAGAGUUUCUCCAUCAUCAAGUAAUUCAAGACCAAGAAGACAUUCAAGAAAACAAUCAAGAAAAUCUUCAACUGUUAAUGUUAAAAGAGAAAAUGAUAUUUUUGGUUAUUCAUUUUAUGAUGAUGAUUAUACAUUUGCAAAUCAACAUGAAGAUUAUAAUGAUAUUAAAUUUUCUUAUCCAAAAUUACCUUCAUCAUAUUUAAAAGAUUCAAAUUCAAAUUCUUCACCUGAUGAUACAGCUAAUAAUUCUUCAACAAAUUUUAAUGAUUAUGAUUUAUUAUCUGAAUUAGAAGUUCCAAAUCAUGAAGAAAAAAUCUUAGCUGCUGGUUAUUCAUUUUAUGGAAGUAAUGAUUUUGCCCCUUCAACUAUAUCACCAUCUAAUAUGUUUUUCAAUGAAAAUAAUAACAAUCAUAUUAAUAAUCAUAAUACUAAUAAUUUUACUGUUUCUAAUAUGGAUGUUGAUCAAUUAUUAAAUUCUAAUAACAACUAUAGUGUCAAUAAUUCAAAUGCAUUUUCAAAUCAAAAUCAAUUAAAUAAUGGUAAUUUAUCAAAUCAUUUAUUAUUUACAGAAAAUAUGAAAUCAACAAUUGAAAAAGUAUUAGCUAAAUAUCCAUUUGUUAAUAUACCACCUCCAGAUUUACCUUCAUUAGAUGUUUUAAAUUCAUUUGCAGAAAAUUUUAAAACUAAAUUCCUAAGUCAUUAUCCAUUUAUUCAUAUUUCAACUUUAAAUGAAUUAAAUAUGCAUGAAUAUACCAAAAAUAAAGAAUUACCAAAUGAUUUAACAUCUCAUGUUUGUUUACCUUUAUUAAUUGCAACGACUGGUUCGUUAUACACAAAUAAUAAAAAGAUUUCUGCUGAUUUAUAUGAAAUUUCAAGACGUUGUAUUCAUGUUUAUCUUGAUUUAAGGAAAAAAACUGAUGAUAUUGAAAAAGCAACAACUCAUAAUAGUCCUUUAUGGUUAGUUCAAUCUUUAAUUUUAAGUGUUUUGUAUGGAUUAUUUGCUGAAUAUGAUGAAUCUGAUUUAAGUGUUAUUUUAAGACAAGUUAAUGCACUUUGUACAUUAAUUAAAGUUUCUAAAUUUACAAGUUUAAAAUUUGAACAUGAAAAUAUUGAAAUUAAUGAUGGAUAUUUUAAAGAAUAUAUUAUGUAUCAAUCAAAAAUUAGAACAGUUUUCAUGAUUUUUAAUAUUUCAAGUAUGUUGACAUGUUUUUAUGAAAUUUCACCAUUUAUUAAAUAUAGAGAAAUUAAAUGUGAUUUACCAGAUUUAGAAAGUUUUUGGGAUUGUUUAAACCUUGAUGAAUUUAAACAAGUUUGUGUUAAAAAUAGUUCAUUAAAUUAUUCAUUAAAUUUGGAAAAAAUUAUAAAUGAUAUGUUGAUGAAUAAUCAAAUUUCUUAUAAAUUAAGUGAAUUUGGUGCAAAUAUUGUUAUGUUUAGCUUAUUACAAUAUUUUUAUUUUAAUAAAAAACAAAGUUUAACAAAUAAUUUUGCUGGUAUUUCACCAUUUCAUUCAAAUUCUUCAAAUUUAGUUAAAAAUUAUAAAUGGGAAAAUAUGUUGAUUAAUGAAAGUUUAAAUAUAAAUUUAGAAUCAAUUUUGUUAAAAAAUAUCUUGGUUAUUAGAUCAUUAAAGAUUGAUUUAUCUAAAAUGAAAGAUUCAAUGUGGAAUAGACGUUGGAAUGAUUUAACUGAAGAAUUUUCCAAAAUUAAUGCUAAAAAUGAUGAUUUAAUUGAUGCUUGUGAUUAUUCCAUAAGAACCAUUAGUUUAAUUUUCAUCAAUGAUGUUAAUUCUUCAAAUUUUAGAAAAUGUCUUUCAUUAACUUUACAAUGUUUAAUGUUCAAUUUUGUUUAUAUUGCAAGAUUUUUACAUUCAUUUGAAAAAAGAAUUUUAAAUAAACCAACUACUUCAAUAACUCCAUCUAAUUUAAAACCAUCAGAAUUAAAACUUAUUUCUAAAAAUUUUUCUAUUUAUAUCAAAAUUGCUAAAUUUUUGGCUGAUUUAGAACAAAUUAUGGUUAAAAAUUUUGGGUAUAAUGAUCCAGAAAGUAAAUUAGCAACAAAAGAAUUUGAUGAAUCAAGAUUUAAUUUUGGAAUUGCACCAAGAUUAUUAAAUGAAGCAGAAUAUUCAACCAAUAUUAAUCCAAUUCAAGUUUAUCAAGUUGCUAAAUUAAGAUUAUCUUCAAAUAUUUUAAAGAUUGGACAAUUUGUUUAUAGUCAUGUUUUUGAAGAAGAAAUGAAUUUUAAUAUUUUUAAAAGUUUAAGCGGUGGACUUUACCAUUUAAGAAUUAAUCUUGAUAAUGAACAUCAACAAGAUCAACAUCAAUUUCAACAACAACAGCAAAAAUAUCAACAACAACAACAGCAGCAACAACAACAACAACAUGUAUGA